AUGGACUUGGCUCAGAAAAUUUUGAAAUCAUGGAGCCAAAUUGGAAUAACUCAAAUAUCCGCAGCAACGAUUCCCACUAAUUAUGGUAUUAGCCAACUACGAAUUAUAUUACAAAAUGUUGGUUUCAUAUUUCCUAUGUUAACAGCUGAUCGAAAUAAAAUGUUCUCCAUAUUAAAUGCUUUUGAUACAUUCAUUACACCUCAUUUAGAUCCAAGUAAAACGGAAAAUGUUGGAAUAUUGCGUUUAGAAGGUCAUACAGAUCAGAAGAUAAAACUGAUUAAACAAAUUCAGUUAUAUAAUCAGAUUAAUUUCCCUCCCGAUAUGAACAUAAUGACUGUUGCUAAAGUUGUUAGUGGCUAUAUGAGCACACCAACAUUUAUUUCAGAAUAUGCAUUCAUUAAAUAUGAUAGAGAACAAAAUAGUAACGAAUUAAAUAAUAAUGUUGAUACGUUUACAAAACAAUGCAUGAUGAGAUGGUUUGAAAUUAUCGAGAAAAUUAUUCAGUUUUACGUGAAUAUCGCAGAAAAAGAUCGUACCAUAUUCCCGAGACAAACUGUAUUUAUUAGUACAGGUUUUUUGGGUUAUAGUAGUGUUAUGACGGCGCUGGUGCUUCAAACCACGAAUGGUGAUCCCUAUGUAGCAGCGAUGGCCUUGGCAAAACAAACAAAUCCAUUACCAGAGCAUAUUUUUCAUAAUCGACGAACUAUAUUUUCAUUACAAGAUGAUCAAGGAUUAGAAGAUAUGUACAAAAGCACACUAAUAAUAUCUGGUAAUUUUUCACGAGGUGGGCAGUUCAGGCGACGAUCUGGAUGGAAAUCACCAGUUGCUAUUGUAACUUUCCUCGGUUUAUUAGCUGUUAUUAUCCUUGGGACUCUAAAAGCUACCGGCGUGCUUCGCGGUAAAACAAAUUUGGCCAGAACAACAUUUUCACCGGCAAAUGAUGCACAAAUGGUUAUAUCAAACAGAAGUGUAGAAUCCUUUGUUCUUCCACCAGUAGAACAGCCUACAUCAGAACAAUUAGCUAUAGUAAUCAGUUCUGCAGUAAACGUCACAUUAGCAACCGUGACAUCUGAGUCUUAUUCAUUGCAUGUACAACAACUAAGCAAUGUCUCAGCAUCAAUCAACACUAUUUCUGGUUUAAAAUCGCGAUCGUUACUAGCUAUCAUUGGUAUAACAAUCAUCCUGCUUUUAGUCAUUACUAUCGUGCCAUUUUGCGUUUAUCGACGACGAAAAAAACAACAACUAGUCGAAGAUUAUAGUGCAACAUCAAAAUCGCCAAGUAAGAAUUUCAGACAAUCAUUGAAUAAAUCAUUAACACCAUCAUCACCAGAUUAA